GAAGAGCAAUUCAGUCUACGACGACCAACGGCAACAUUCGCUUCAAACAAUUUGGCUUUGUUCGCUGUGAAACAACAACAUUAAAAUACUGCUUUGAAAUACUUCUUCAACAACAACAACAACUACAAAAUGACCACCAUCCAGAUGACCAAUGAGCAAUUGCGUGAGCUCAUCGACGCCGUCAGAGCCACCGCCGUUAGUGCUGCAAAUAGUGCAGUUGCUAGUGGAGCUGAAGCAGCUGCCGGCACAUCAAAGGCAAAGGGUAGCUUCAGCUCAUGCACUCAUCGAUUUGGUGGCGGACGUAAUCAUGAAGAAGUGGAGGAAUUCAUUACCAGCAUUGUGACCUUUAAGGAAUUGGAGAGCAUUAGCGAUGAGAAUGCCUUAAAAGGUAUCUCUUUGUUGUUCUAUGGCCUGGCAUCGACAUGGUGGCAGGGAGUUCGUAAGGAGGCCAAAACGUGGGAGGACGCUAUUGGUCUCAUUCGUGAACACUUCUCGCCCACCAAGCCCAGCUAUCAGAUCUACAUGGAGUUCUUUGAGCAAAAACAGGCAGACAACGUGCCCAUCGAUACAUUUGUCGUGCAGAAGCGUGCUCUACUCGCCCAAUUACCCGAGGGUCGCCAUGAUGAAGAAACUGAAUUGGACUUCCUUUACGGUUUGCUGAGCAUCAAAUACCGCAAACACAUUACACGGCAGAGUGUGAAGACCUUCAAGGAGCUGCUCGAACAGGGUCGCAUCAUCGAGCAUAAUAAUCAGGAGGAUGAAGCAGCCUCGGCAGGACCACAACGUGGUGCCCGUCGCAACACCCGCUGCACCCACUGUAAUUUCCGUGGUCAUACAUACGAGAAUUGCCGUAAACGCCUUGCAGAUGCAAACCAAGAUGACUAAAGCAGAAGAAACAAAAAAAAAAAAACAUCGAGGGAGGGGGCAUGACGUAAUCAACAGCUCUCUUCACAUGCCCCCCACACACACACACAUACACUCCCUCACCAAUAUCAAGAACUUUUCUCCGCCGCGCUAAACGCCACAAAUAUCAGCGAGAAGUAACCAGAAAGAGAGAUCGAGAAGGAGGAGGAGACCUAGAAAAUAGACUCAUUAUCAUUCUCAUACUCUUUUUCCUAUCACCGCUCUUAAGUGACGUAUUGGUAAGCAGGGGGAAGCUUCUCUUUCCUAUAAUUUUUGCUCUUUUUGUAAAGAGAUUUGUUUAACCUCAAAAUUAUUUCAAUAGAGUUUACACUUUAUUGGAACUAUCUAGAGGUUAAGCACUUCUUGGAGCAAAGAGAAGCCAGUUUAAUCAUACAAACCAACUAUUUUUCGCUGCCAUGCGGCUAACUUGGCUAGGAACGCCAAUUCCAGAAAACAAUUGUGCAACCAAACUUGAAACUUGAAACUUCGGUAAACUUUGUUUACCAUAACCGAGCCAGAACAGAAAGGGAGGGAAAUUUUUCAAACAAGGAUUUCGUCAAAUGUCAGUUCAAAGGCCUUGAGAUGUCUUGCAAUUCGGUUUUGCCUCACAGUUUUUGUUAAUGUCUAGCGUAAGUUAGAUAUUAACUUAAUUUUGUGAGGAUAAAACCUUAUUACAGAUCUAUCAAGAGGCUAAUAAACUAACUGAUGUUUCUUAGUUGAAAAAUUUCUUUCCCCGCCCGUUCUAGCUCACCCAACCGCUUGUCUCCAUUUGGUGACGAAGAGUGACCCGGGAUGAGAUCAGUGUGAAUAUGAAAGGGUAGAGGUUCGCCUUUACUCUGACAAAUUUGCAUUUAACCUCUUUCUGGGUUCAUUCCAAGUUCCUUUAUGAAGACGGCAAAAAACCCCCGUCCGGCCAGAAUCAACUAUGAGCCCUUUUGCAAGAAAGCCAACACUAAUUGCUACCCCAAGUUGUGAUAACCGUGACAAGAUGAAACUUUAGCUAAAUUUUGUUCUUGGCAUUACGAAACCUAUGGCGACGUUCUGUCUUUGGACUUAAUGAAGCUCUGGCGGAGUCUUGCCAUGGUUUGAGCGGCUUUUGAUAGUUAAUUAACAAGGCUUUCUAUGCUACAGGAUCUCUACAGUAGGCUUUGGCUGGGCAAAACUUUUGUCGUUUACGACAAUAAAACAUUUUUAUUUGACUUUUUGUCAAAAAUGCUCGUCUAACAUCGCACUACGAUGGCUCACGAAACGCCAUUCGUGCGGUUGGCACGCUAAAGCUUAGCUCCUGCGCUCCUUGCGAGACAGUCAUUUAGGCACGCCAGAAACACUUCAUUCCUCACUGUUAGGGUAUUCGGAUUCGUCGCCACCACGCCAUAUCUCCAGCUUGUGGCGACUGUCCCAAUAUCCAAAACCGUAUUGUAAAUCCAGCUUCUUGUGCAGAGUCCUUGGGCGCGAAGUGUCAUCAAAACUUUUGAGCCAUAAGAGAGAUUGAUAUAGAGCAGUCAACUUAAUGGAGAUUUGUAUGACUUUGUGUGUGCUCUAUAGAUAAUCUCCAUUCGCUAUCCUUUGUCUGGGGUAAGCAAAAUACUUUUUAUUCCAUAAUCCAGAUCCUAGAUUGUGGAACAAUUAUGUAUUUGUUUACCCCGUUUAAAAACUGGGGGCCUUUCGAUGACCACAAGAUGCUGCGAUGAAAACAAACAAACAAAUUACCAAUGUACCAUUACAACAUUAAGACUGAAAAUACAAACAACGAACUCAAAACUAAAUAACUAUCAAAUUGUUUAUUUCACGUUUAUUUCUUAUCUUAGUAAUUAGUAAUCUAUAGGAAAUUAUUCGAUUCGACGAACGAUGACUUCCUAGUACUAAGUAACUAAGUUCUUAAUAUUUAGAACACACAUACAAACCAAACAUACAUAAAUAUAUGUAUAUAUUUAUCCUGAUAAUGUUGUAUAUCUAUGUUGAGGAAUUAAAUAAAUAAUGAAACAUA